GUAGGUUGGAGCGGCAAUUGGGGGAAUCGAGGCGUUUAAAACACGCAGAGAGGAUCCGCUGUUAGUGAGGAUUGUCUUUACCUCCUCUUCCUCCUCCUCUUCCUCCCUGUUGUCAUGAGAGGCGCGCAGGUUCUCCAGUCCUCCUCCUGUCGGUCUGCCUGAGUGAGAAAGCAGCGCUUUAGGACGAGAACAUGGGGCUGCCUGCGUUGGAGUUCAGUGACUGUUACUUAGACAGUCCUCAGUUCCGAGACAGGUUAAAGUCCCACGAACUGGAGCUGGACAACACCAACAAGUUCAUCAAGGAGCUGAUUAAAGACGGAAAAGCGCUCAUCCAGGCACUGAAGAAUCUGUCUACAGCACAAAGAAAGUUUGCAGAGUCGCUGAACGAGUUCAAGUUCCAGUGCAUCGGCGACGCUGAGACGGACGAUGAGAUCUGCAUCGCCAGAUCACUUCAGGAGUUUGCUGGUGUUCUUCAGAACCUGGAGGAUGAAAGGACACGGAUGAUUGAUAAUGCAAACGAUGUUCUCAUCACUCCACUGGAGCGGUUCAGGAAAGAACAGAUUGGAGCAGCCAAAGAGGCGAAGAAGAAGUAUGACAAGGAGACGGAGAAAUACUGCGCUGUCCUGGAGAAGCACCUCAGCUUAUCUGCCAAGAAGAAGGAGUCACACCUUCAUGAAGCAGACAGUCAGGUGGAUCACGUGAAGCAGCAUUUCUACGAGGUGUCGCUGGAGUACGUGUUCAAAGUGCAGGAGGUUCAGGAGAGGAAGAUGUUUGAGUUUGUGGAGCCGCUGCUGGCGUUUCUCCAGGGGCUCUUCACGUAUUACCACCAUGGAUACGAGCUGGCCAAAGACUUCAACCACUUCAAGACGGAUCUCACUAUCAGCAUACAGAAUACUCGGAACCGUUUCGAGAGCACGCGGUCAGAGGUGGAGAGUCUGAUGAGGAAGAUGAAGGAGAACCCGCACGAGCACAAGAAUAUCAGUCCUCACACUAUGGAGGGUUACCUGUUUAUCUUAGAGAAACGUUCUUUUGUGUCCACGUGGGUGAAGUAUUACUGCACUUACCAGCGUGACACCAAACAUCUCACCAUUGUGCUGUUCGACCAGAAAUCUGGAGGCAAAACUGGGGAGGAGGAGAGCUUCGUCCUGAAGUCUUGCAUCCGAAGGAAAACCGACUCCAUCGAGAAGCGAUUCUGCUUUGAUGUAGAGGCUGUGGAUCGGCCUGGAGUGAUGAUAACAAUGCAGGCUCUGUCAGAAGAGGACCGUAAGUUGUGGAUGGAGGCGAUGGAUGGCAGAGAGCCGGUAUACAACAUGAAUCGAGACAGCCAGAACGAAGCCAUGGCCCAGCUGGAUGUGAUCGGCUUCAACAUAAUCAAGAAGUUCAUCUACGCCGUAGAGACACGAGGCAUCGAUGAACAGGGACUCUACAGGAUCGUCGGCGUCAGCUCCAGAGUGCAGAAGCUACUGAGCCUCGCCAUGGAUCCUAAAACAUGUGCUGAUGUGGAGCUGGAGAGCUCAGAGUGGGAGAUCAAGACCAUCACCAGUGCCAUCAAACACUAUCUCAGGAUGCUUCCUGCUCCACUGAUGACCUACCAGUACCAAAGAAACUUCAUCAAAGCUGCCAAGCUGGAUAAUCCCGAGGCACGUGUCGAGGAGAUCCACAGCAUCGUGCACCGUCUUCCAGAGAAGAACCAUCAGAUGUUGGAGCUGCUGAUGAAGCACUUAGCGAAUGUGGCGAGUCACCACCAGCAGAAUCUGAUGACGGUGGCUAAUCUGGGCGUGGUGUUCGGCCCCACCCUGCUCCGGCCGCAAGAGGAGACCGUGGCUGCAAUUAUGGACAUCAAGUUCCAGAACGUGGUGGUGGAGAUCCUGAUAGAGAACCAUGAACGUAUCUUUAAAGAGACGCCUGUUCCUGCAGCGGGACAAAGCAGCUCGCAGUCCAGCGUCCACAGGAGGAGAAGCACAGAGAGCAAAGCUCCAUCCUGCAGUGAGAGACCUCUCACACUCUUCCACACUCCUACACACUCUGAGAAAGAGCCAGCAGCAGUGGAGAAGAGGAACAGUGUGCACCUAAACUCUGAACCCCAGCCAGCAGCUUGUUCCUCACUCAACUGCACCAGCAAUCAGAACUGGAACAAGUUUAUUAACCUCAGCAGUGGGGACGGAGAACAGGAUGGUGUUGUACAGGCACGUCAGGGUAGAUCUAAUUCACAUCAAAUUCCAAGAACUCGAGGUAGCAGCAUAUCAUCCAGCUCAGCCUUCACCCAGCUCCACCUCUCCACGCUCUCCUUCCUGCCGAUGUUCUCUGCUCCCUCCAGUCCUCAGUCAGCUCCCUGCACUUCCAGUGAAUGUUCUCCGCUCAGGUUUGUCCUGAGUCUUUUUCUGCGGUGUUUGUGGCUAUUUAACACCUCUGACACUUUUAAACAGAAACACGGUGUGUAA